GCUGCGCACUUUUAUCAUCAGAGACGCAUUCAGACACAGCAGGAUUUAAUAUUGCGGCGUGAAAAGCACUUUAGCCGUUUCCCAAGUUUAACAUUAGCUGGUUUUCUCACGUUGUCGCUGGUUUUCGGUUCUUGACAAUGCCGUUUCUUGGACAAGACUGGCGGUCUCCUGGUCAAAGCUGGGUAAAAACAGAGGACGGGUGGAAAAAAACGACGAAAGAUGACAACGAGACGAAUAACAAUGUUUUGGAGCGGAAGAGCUACUGCAAGGAAGAGCUUGACAAAGAGAAUCUGAUCCUCAGCAUUAAUUAUGAUGUGGCUGCAAAGAAGCGAAAGAAGGACUUGCUGAACAACAACACAAAAAUUCCAUACUUUCAUAAAGACAAAUGGAUUUAUGUCCAUAAAGGGAGCACCAAAGAGCGUCAUGGAUAUUGUACUCUGGGAGAAGCAUUCAAUCGCUUGGACUUCUGCAGUGCCAUCAAGGACACCAGGCGAUUUAAUUAUGUCGUAAGGCUGCUGGAACUCAUCGCCAAGUCCCAACUGCCUUCUCUGAGUGGAGUGGCACAGAAAAACUACAUGAACAUUCUGGAAAGGGUUGUACAGAAAGUUCUUGAUGAUCAGCAAAAUGUCCGGCCAAUUAAAGAACUUCUGCAGACACUGUAUGCGUCUCUGUGCAGUCUGGUUCAGGACAUGGGCAAAUCUGUGCUGGUGGGCAACAUCAACAUCUGGGUGCAUCGCAUGGAGAACAUACUGCAGUGGCAGCAGCAGCUAGACAACAUUCAGAUCAACAGGCCCAAAAACACAGGGAUGACAUUGCUUGAACUGCCAGUGAGUUUACAGCUGAACAUCAUGCAGCGCCUCUCAGAUGGACGAGAUCUGGUCAGUCUGGGUCAAGUGUGUCCUGACCUGAGUGUGUUGACAGAAGAUCGGCUGCUCUGGAAAAAACUCUGCCAGUAUCACUUCACAGACAGACAGAUCCGCAAGCGCCUCAUGGUUUCAGAUAAAGGACAGUUGGAAUGGAAAAAGAUGUAUUUUAAGUUGUGCCGGUGUUACCCUCACAAAGAGCAGUACAGCGACACAUUACAGUUCUGCACACACUGCCACAUCCUCUUCUGGAAGGAUACAGACCAUCCUUGCACUGCCAAUAACCCAGAGAGCUGCUGCAAAGCAGUUUCUCCACAGGGUUUCAUCAACCUCUUCAAGUUCUAGCGGCGCUGCAUUGCUGCCAUGAUGUACAUAGUGUCAAUAGUGCAAAGAUUCCUGGAUGACUUGAGGCAGGGAGAAGAUGGCUUGCAUUAAAAGCAGGUGCCUAUGUUACGAUGAGGAGUUUGGAAACUGAAUGUACUCAAAUAUGCACGACGAGAAACCAAAAAGCUGUGUUGGGGAAAACAUGCUCUGUUUAUUUAAAAAGAUUGUUUUAUUUAUUUAGCAUGGAUCUUCAUUACUCUAAAUCCAAGAUUAGGAACAAAAUACGUGCAUAGAAAAAAGUGUCCCUGGUCUCUUCUGUGAAUGUAAAAUAGGUUUGAUAUUUGUCAACGCCAGCGAUUUCUUUGUUUGAACUUCAGAUAGCGUAUUGGUGCUUCAGCAAGUGCAUGAAAUGGGAAUGUUUACCAAAAUGGCCUUAACACUGGUGUGCAAUACUUUUCUAAGUACGUUUCUUUUGUUUGUUUUUCACUUUUUUUAUACAUUUGAUAUUUUCAGUGGUUUGCGAUUUAAACAUGCUUGUUUCUUUUUUAACACAAUAAAUACAGAAGUAUGCUGUAAACAGUUCAGAAGCAUAAACUCAUCCAACGUGCCUUAUUCUCAGCGGUCAAAAACAUAUUUUGAAAGGUGUUUGAGAUUCAUUUGCAGAUGGUUGUUUCUGAAUAGAAUGCCUGUAUCGUAUGUAUUCAGAUUUAUAAGGGAAUUGACAAAUGAAAUAUGUAUAAUAGAUGCAUUUUACACUAUUUAAUUUUCUUUUUUACGAGUAAUGUCUCUGAUUACUUUGUCAUUUAGGGUAAAGCACACAUCUGACAUAAAAAUAUUAGAUGUAAAAUAUAAAUCUGCAGUUUAUUUUUUUCCCCUAAUUUCUGUUUAGCGGAGAGAUUUUUUUUCAACACAUUUCUAAACAGAAUAGUUUUAAUAACUCAUCUCUAAUAACUGAUAUAUUUUAUCUUUGCCAUGAUGACAGUAAAUAAUAUUUGACUAGAUAUUUUUCAAGACACUUCUAUACAGCUUAAAGUGACAUUUAAAGGCUUAACUAGGUUAAUAAGGUUAACUAGGCAGGUUAGGGUAAUCAGGCAAGUUAUUGUAUAAUGAUGGUUUGUUCUGUAGACUGUCGGAAAACAAUAUAGCUUAAAGGGGCUAAUUAUUUUGACCUUAAUGGGUUUUUUAAAAAAUUAAAACUGUUUUUAUUCUAGCCAAAAUAAAAAAAAUUUACUUUGUCCAGAAGAAAUAAUAUUAUCAGACAUACUGUGAAAAUUUCCUUGCUCUGUUAAACAGAAAGCUGCGGUCACACUUGAUUUUUUUCCCAUAGACUUCCAUUCAUACGCACGCGAAUGCGUCAGACCGGAAACGCAAGGUCAUGCGUCAAGUUUCGCAAGUUGGUGCGGUGCAAAGUUCAAGCUUGGUGAACUCUGACCUGCGAAAUCGCAUCACUUGACUGCGUGAGACCAAUCGAGGAUUAAAACAGGACCUCUCUGGACAGAAACUUAAAAUAUUGAGCAAUCGUUGGCUUUUUUUGAAUGUCUAAUUAUCUUGUUUAAUCCCGCCCCUUUUCGCAGCGCCAUACGACAGAAUUUCGCACACACAAAGCCCAGUGUGACCGCAGCUUAAUUCGGGAAAUAUUUAAAAAGGAAAAAAAUUCAAUUAUUAGGGGGGAUAAUAAUUCUGACUUCACCUCUAGCUUAUGCCAGCAUACAAAAACAAAAGUGCUGGUAAUGAAAUAAAUCACAUCUGUUAUGGUCUUGCAGCAUUUUACUGUCAUCUCAUGUAAAAUGUGAGUUGAAUAUAUCUGGUGAUGACUCUGGUAUUGUCAAACUCUUGUAACCUCUACAAAUACUUUGUAAUUUUGGGAUGUUGUAUUUACUUGCAGCAAUGCUAUGAAUCACACAAAGCACUACAUGAUUGUGCGCUAAAAUGUAUCUGUUCGUUAGAUGGGUUACACAAUAUUACAACAUUAAAAUAUGAAAAUGUG